AUGUUCCCCGAUGCCGACGCCGCUAACGUGCCCUCCAGCAGCAGCAGCAGCAGCGGGCAGCUCGAUUCGGCCGCCGCCGGCUCCCCUGCAGCUCAGAGUCCCGGCGAGUCGUGCGGGAGCGGCAGCGUCCCGGCCGCCGCCGCCGAAGAGGACGACGAGGCGGCGGCGGAGACUGGUCGCGGCUUGCCCUGCUCCAUGCUGGCCGCCGGACUGGGGGUGCUGUUGCUGGCGGUGUCCCUCUUCCACCUGGGCCGGCAGAAGGAGGGCGACGACGGCGAGGAGGCGGCCGAGGCUGGCGGGCAGCCCAGCCUGGCCUUGCUGCUGCUCCAGCUGGCCCUUUACCUGGCCUGCGCCGCCAGCGCCUUCGUAGUCGGCACCUUGCUGGCUCUCGUCAGCCGGAGCCGCGGCCGCCUCAGACCCCCGCCGGAUUUCCGCGCUGCCUGGAACUGCCGCUACCCGGGCAGGGAAAACGCCGCUCCCUUACUGCAAGCUGCCGUGACUCUUUUAUCUGGAAACGCACAUGAAUCUGUCCAGUCAAGGAGACUGGUGAUUUCUCAUAACAUGGAUAAAGCUCUGAAAGAAGUGUUUGACUACAGCUACAGAGAUUACAUUUUAUCUUGGUAUGGUCACCUCAGCAGAGACGAGGGACAGCUGUACCACCUGCUAUCCGAAGACUUCUGGGAAGUUGCCAAGCAGCUGCGACAGAGGCUCAGUCACAUUGAUGUAGUUAAAGUCGUCUGCAGCGAUGUAGUGAAAGCUUUGUUAACCCACUUUUGUGACCUUAAAGCAGCCAGUUCCAGACUGGAAGAGCAGCCACGGCCAUUUUUAUUGCAUCCGUGCUUGAGGAACUCUGAUGAAGAAGCAAGAUUCCUGCAAGCAUGUUCUCAAAUUUUGGUGUAUUGUCUUCUGCCCUCAAAGGAUGCCCGGUCGCUGAGCUUGCGCAUAGUCCUUGCAGAAAUACUUGCAUCAAAAGUACUGAAACCCAUGGUAGAGCUCCUGAGUGAUCCCAACUACAUCAACCAAAUGUUGCUUGUCCAGAUGGAGUACCGGGAACAGGUGAACGAGCAUCACAAAAGAGCCUACACAUAUGCUCCUUCUUACGAAGAGUUCAUCAAGCUUAUUAACAGCAACUCGGAUGUUGAGUUCCUCAAACAACUAAGGUAUCAGAUUUUAGUGGAAAUAGUUCAAGCAACCACUAUCGGCAGCUUUCCACAGUUGAAAAGGCAAAAAGACAGUAAAGGUAAAGAGACGGCUGCAAUGAAAGCUGACCAUCUGAGAGCCCGGAACAUGAAGAGGUAUAUUAACCAGCUAACUGUAGCAAAAAAGCAGUGCGAAAAGCGAAUACGUCUUCUGGGAGGUCCUGAUUAUGACCAGCAAGAAGAUGGCAUCUUUGACGAUAGUGAUGGCCCACAGAACCAGAAGUUUAUUGCAGGGCACCAAGGGUACUGGAAUUUCCAAGACCUUGUGAGAACAUUUCAGCCUUGUUCAAGGACUAUACAAAUUUCACAUGCUUGGAAGAGAAGGCAUUUUAAAAACUGUAUCUGUGUUGACUGCAGUUCUGAGCAUCUUACUUGGAUGCAGCUUCUACUGACAACAAUUCUUCAAUUUGAGGAUAUUUUGUGCAACCCAUCCUACAGAGAGCACUUCCGAACAUACAUGGAAAGAGUGGAUAAGAGAUCUUUGAUCAGCUAUUGGGAAUCUGUGGAAUACUUGAAGAAUGCUAACAAGGCUGAAAUACCUCAACUUGUGAGUCAAAUCUAUCAGGAUUUCUUUGUAGAAGGCAGAGAGAUUACUGUGGAAAAGUCACUGUAUAAAGAGAUACAACAGAGCCUUGUAGGCAACAAAGGCAUUGAGGUGUUUUACAAAAUCCAGACUGAUGUUUAUGAAACACUGAAGGACAGGUACUACCCAUCGUUCCUUGUCAGUGAUUUGUAUGAGAGGCUGAUCAAGAAGGAAGAAGAGAGAAGUACCGUUCAGAUGACAUCUGACGACAAAGAUGAAGUGAACCAAGUUUGUGAAGAAGUUAUUGAUGAAGGAAGCUCCGGAAUUAAUGAGCAGGCCAGUUAUGCUGUGAAUAAGCUACGCCAGCUAAAUGACAGACUUGAAUAUAAGAGACAAGCUCUAAAUUCUCUCUGCAGUUCACCAAAACCUGACAAAAAGAUUGUUUCUAAACUGAAGGAUGAAAUCACUCUGAUGGAGCGAGAACACGGUGACCUUCAAUUGCACAUUGAAAGAACAGAUUGGUGGUGUGAGAAUUUCGGCAUGUGGAAAGCCUUCAUAAAUUCCAGCGAAGUCAUAGAAGAAAAUGGUGAACAAGUGCCCUGUUACUCUGUCAUGGUGAGUUUACAAGAGAUUGGCAGCGUUGAAGCUAAGGAAUGGACGGUACUCCGAAAGCUCAGCGAGUUUCAAAGCCUACAUAGGAAACUCAGUGAGUGCUUCCCAUCAUUGAAAAAAGCUCAGUUGCCUUCACUCAGCAAACUGCCCUUUAAAUCAGUAGACCAGAAAUUUAUGGAGAAGUCAAAGAACCAGUUAAAUAACUUCUUACAGAAAUUGCUUUCUGAUGAAAGGCUCUGUCAGAGUGAAGCACUUUAUGCCUUUUUAAGCCCUUCUCCAGAACACCUCAAGGUUAUCGAUGUACAGGGAAAGAAAUCUUCUUUUUCACUUGCUUCUUUUUUGGAGAGGCUUCCCGGUGAUUUCUUUUCUCAUCAAGAGGAGGAGGCUGAAGACGACGACGACCUGUCUGACUAUGGAGAAGAUGUGGAUGGGAAACGGGAUGCCCUUGCUGAGCCUUGCUUCAUGCUGAUAGGAGAGAUAUUUGAGCUGCGAGGAAUGUUUAAGUGGGUGAGGAAGACGCUAAUUGCACUAGUUCAAAUCACUUUUGGAAGAACCAUCAACAAGCAAAUUCGUGACACUGUAAAUUGGAUCUUCAGUGAACCAAUGCUUGUUUACUACAUCAACGUGUUCCGAGAUGCUUUUUGGCCAAAUGGAAAACUGGCGUCCAGCUCAAAGCCCAGGAGUGAAGAGCAAAGCCGGGAGACGAAACAGAAAGCACAGCAAAAAUUACUUGAAAACAUUCCAGAUACACUACAGAGUCUUGUUGGUCAGCAAAAUGCUCGCCAUGGUGUAAUCAAAGUCUUCAAUGCACUUCAAGAAACCAAGGCCAAUAAGCAUCUUCUUUAUGUGUUAUUGGAAUUGCUGCUAAUUGAACUGUGUCCUGAGUUGCGAACUCAUUUAGAGCAGCUUAAAGCAGCUCAGAGGGCUGGCUGAGGACUACUGCAAAUUUGUAUUUUUUCUUUUCUUUUUAAAUUCUACAUGGAGCAAACAAGACUUGAAAGAACUGACGAUACGGUAGAAUGCCAGCACUGCGUAGUUUCUGGCUUUUAUUUAACUUGUUACAUGAAUAAUUCUGUUUAAGAUGCAGAUUGAAAUGUAAAUGUUAAUAUAAGGUAUAAGAACUAUAGAGUAUUUUAAAACAUUUAUGAAAGGCAUUUUGCUUUAGUGGUAUACCAAUGAAUGUUGUACAGUUAAUUUCCUUGCUGAGGAUAAUGAACAUUCCUCUAUUUUCUUGUUGUAUUGAAGAGCCUUGUUGUGCAAUAUAUGUAAAGAUAUUGUGUAAAUUUUAUUGUUUUUAUUUUUACCAAAGAUUUCCCAUAGUUUGGAGCCUUUGUAAGCAAUAAAUAACAAAAAUGAA